AUGGUUAAAUGGCGGCCCAGGUUCAACUGGCCCCAAAACCUGGAGCUUUGGAAAGCUCAUCUGGGGAGCUGCUCGCCCUCAAGCUUACUUGCUGAUGAGAACAUGCUGCUGUUUUCUGUCUGGCUCCACAACUGCAACUUCAGACGACAGGUCAGAGGUGAUGAGGUAGCCUAUACUAAUAUACUGACCUAUGAGCUAGGUCCUGGACUUCCUCCAGUGGUGGAGUCAGUGGAGUGCCUGUAUAACCUGUCUCGUGAGAGGACUGCCUUAACAUCUAAAGACUUUGUCUUCAGUAUGGAGCUCAUGAACAAUGACUUCAGCGGACCUGCCCCAUCCUCUGUGUUCCCACUGGGCUCCAGGGUUCCCAUCAGGGCUGAGGUGGAGCAGCAAGGCCCUGGGCCUCUGCAGAUUUACCUGCAGCACUGUGUGCUAGCAACCUCUCCAGACCUCUCCCAAGCCAGCCAGUGGCACACCAUCAUUUCUGAUGCUGGGUGCCUCACUGAAAGCAAAAAAGGCAACUCGACGUUCUUGCUGAGACAGAAGCCCUCUGAAAUCCGCCUCUAUUUUCAAGCCUUCAAGUUUGCCCUGGGAGAAAAUAUUUUCUUCCACUGUGAUAUGGCUGCAUGGGCUCUCGAGACCUUUAGCACAGACAUGAAGGCUUGCCUCUACUUCAAGGAGAAAAACAGGUGGGAGCUUCUGGAUGAUCCAUCCCAGAGCUAUAUCUGUAGGUGCUGUGAUGCGACUUGUCCACAAAGAACCAGCUUUGAGUCUGGUACACUUGCCCAGAAGGUUCUUGGGCCUUUUGUAAUGGUUGAGGAUUCACAGCACAAGGCCUUGGAGACGCACACGUUCGGAACUGGUGAGGGGAUGUCUGGAAAGAGCACGGAUUACCUGGAGCCUUCUUCCCGUUCUGCAGGACUGGGUGGGGUUCCGCUGUGGGUAGUGGUCACUGUUCCCUUGGUACUGUUGAUAUUGUCUGGAGCCUUUGCUACAGGCUACUAUCUAUGCUUCUGGAGAGGUGGACGACUAGGAUACCGACCUAGCCGGGAUCUUCUGACUAAAUAUUAA